CCACUGAGGAGGGGUGGCCUCAAGUGGAACCACAUCGUGCAUCGCAACUUGACAAAUCAAGCCGUUUCCUCACCAACAAAGUCUCUAGAAUUCUUCUGCAUUUUCGCUUCUAAGCGGCUGACUGAUUCCUAUCUAGACCCCGUCUCAUCACGCUCAACCGCUGCGCUCAAGUGCGCCUCUUUCCCUUCUUCGUUCGUAUCCUUCCUUUUACCCCACGCUCGCACGACCAGCUACCUACAACGUCUUUCACUUUGUCGAGAAAGUCCUACAUACUUUCGUUACGUUUGCAUAGCGCCAAAUAUGGCCGCUCUACCUAAACGAAUCAUCAAGGAGACAGAGCGCCUAGCACAGGAGCCCGUUCCAGGCAUAACCGCAGUCCCUCAUGAAGACAAUCUGCGUUACUUUGACGUCACAGUAGACGGCCCAAGCCAGUCUCCGUACGAAGGCGGUUGUUUCAAGCUCGAGCUCUUUCUCCCAGAUGACUAUCCCAUGACGCCGCCCAAGGUUCGCUUCCUCACCAAGAUAUACCAUCCAAAUAUCGACCGACUUGGUCGCAUCUGUCUCGACGUUCUGAAAAGCAACUGGUCUCCAGCUCUCCAAAUUCGCACAAUCCUACUUUCCAUCCAAGCACUUCUCGGGGCUCCAAAUCCAGACGACCCGCUUGCCAACGAUGUAGCACAGCACUGGAAGCAGGAUCAGAAUGCGGCCAUAGCAAAGGCACGAGAGUGGACGCAACAAUAUGCUAAGGUUUAAGCAACAUGAAGUCCACUAGCCUCAUGGAAGAUAUAUACGCGCUACGAUGCACUAGAUAUGAAGGAUACGAUUGGGAAACUUGCCUCGGAAACGACGAGCACUUCGUGGUCAGACUAAAUCUUGCCGAUUUUGAGGAAAUAAAGCGCGCACACAAGUUGCAGUUGAAUAAGAGAAGGCGGCCAUUGAAAUGGACAGCUGAAUGUACUCUAUACCGAAUGGCAAUGAAAAAGGCCAAGCUAGAGGACUGCACAAUCCCAGCCUUUUUCUGCCAAGUCCAGUGAUUCUUCACUUCUAGUUGUUUUUUCUGCAGGCCUGAUUGGCAUAGAACACAGGGAGUAAGCACGAGAAAUUUCACCUCUGCAGCCUUGAGAUGAAGAUACGUUCAUAUUGGAAUGUAGCCAACAUAAUCAUGAUUCCUCAAGGUCUCCUUGACAUGAAAAACAGCAAUGACGGCAACCUUGUCUGCAAAGUGAAGACUGGACGAAGAAUAGCGAUUUGGAUGAACGCUAAUUCUGCUUCGUUGUCUGCAGGAACUCACAAUUUUGCUAUAUCCUUUCCCCAGUCUACUUCGAUGGGAAAGUAUAGGGCUCUUGUAACUCCGAACCAAAUUGGCAACGACGUGAAGCUCGCGUAGUCUAGUAUUGUUGAAAGAGUUUAAACAUUUGAACGGAAAAGCCGGGUACGU